AUUGAUCCGGGUUCACGCCUUACAGGUUAUGGCAUCAUUGAAAAAGAUGGCGCUCAGUUACGUUUUAUUGAUGCUGGAACCAUACGCACGGAAAGUCAGGACAUACCUGAACGCUUAAAACGGAUUUUUGCUGGUGUUGAAAGGAUUGUAAAAUUUCAUGGACCUACCGAAGCCGCAGUCGAGCAGGUGUUUAUGGCACAAAAUCCUGAUUCUGCUCUUAAAUUAGGUCAAGCCCGUGGUGCAGCCAUUGCGGCUUUGGUGAAUCUGGAUUUACAAGUCGCUGAAUAUACCGCACGACAAAUUAAACAAUCUGUAGUCGGUUAUGGUGCAGCAGAUAAAGAGCAAGUCCAGAUGAUGGUCAUGCGGAUUUUAAGCUUAACGAUCAAACCUCAAGCCGAUGCUGCCGAUGCGCUGGCCGCUGCCAUUUGCCACGCC